UCACUCAACAAGCGCCGAGCGUAGUGGAAGCAUCCCGCGAAUCGUGCUUCGAAUAACGCAUGACAUAUUUCAAAUAGUUUAACCGUAAUCCGGGUUUGUCUGGCUCUACAACGACGACCAGAUUUUUAACUUUCGAACGAAUAAUUUUCACGGCAACAAAUUUGUGUGACAUUCGAGUGUUCAAACGGGCGAUUAUGUCUGUCGUUCAAGCAAGUCGUUCUUACAUGAUUAAUGCAGAGCGUUGAGCAAUUCUGUUUCGAGUGAAUGUUGGAGGAAGCCAUAAAGAGUACAAGAUUGAAGUGCCAGAUUAAAAUAAAUUAGCGACAAGAAGAAAAAACGCACGCGCGCGCAAGCCCGGAGGCUGUGUAGUGGAAUAUGCUUGGCAUAAAUUUCAAGCGAAAGUGAAUGAAGACUCGAAAAUUGAAAUAGAUGCGGCGUUUAUGAAUGUCCAAUUGUAGAAAAUAAUACGUUCCAGCAAAGAAUAAUUUCCUGGCAAAACGAGCUUCGGAUCUCAGUUAAUUUUUUUAAAUUGAUAAAUUCUUGUCGAAGUGAGCUGAUAAAUUCCGUGACGACAAACGACGAUCAGUGUGCACGAUCUCGACGAAAGAUCAAAGAAGAAGAAGAAGAAUAUAUAAGUGUUAUCGCAAACGACGGGAAAGUGCUCCCCAGGACCAAAAAUGGUAAUCAAUCAGCCAAGACAAUCCAUAGCAAGACUUAGAUCGCAGUUCCUGCAUCCACACCGCGAGAUGUCCGACUUGGCCGACACGGACAGCAGCAACACAGACCAUGGGACGCCCACGCUCCCGCCGCAUCGCCUCGGUAAGAAUCUGUUCAAUACCAAUGCAUCAUCAUCGUCAUCGCUAGCAGCGACGGGAUCGACGACGGGUUCAAUGAUGUCCAAUGCCAGCAUCAACUCAUCGCAGGAGCUCCUGAACACCGCCUCCAGCAGCAAAAGCUCCAAAGUGUCGUCUUCAACGAACAGCAACACUAUCACAACUUCAAAGAUGGCCAAAACUUUAUCGACACAACGGCUGACCACAUCCUUAUCGUCUUCAUCUUCCAAAUCAACGUCCACUUCGGCAGCUGCCGUCAAGCAUGACCUCGGUGAAAUAAAAAACUCAAUGGCCGAGAUUGAAAACAUAGUUGGCCACAGCAGGGCUUCACAGAUUUCCACAUCCACAUCAACGUGCUCAUCGUCUUCCAAAACGACAUCCUCAGAGUCAUCGGCGAGCACGAUGAAAAAAUUAGGCUCCUCCAAUAUGGGCGAACUUCAGAAGCGAUUACGAGCCUCGAUGGACAGUCUGGACGAGCCCCGGUCGGAGUACCAGGUGACACACCCGGACUCGGACGGGGAACAGUAUGGUAGUAUGGUAGUGAAAACCCCCAAUGGAGUUGUGCAAAACGGACAAGUGGCCAUAAACGGAUCGGUGGAUAUGGUAAAAUUCGAGCAGAAAAAGACAACCUCAGAGUCAAAAACAAAGGUAGUGAAGGAUGGUGUUAGCAGUGAACAGGCGACAAUGAACUCCGCGCAGAUGAAACAACUGCAUGCAGGGGACGUUCAGUACAAAGAGGAAGCGGCUCUGGCGGCUAUGAGCAACACAAUGGAAAUGGAUGGGUUAAAAACCGAGGAGAAAGGCGCCACACUGAAGGAAGCACGAUCCCUGAAGAUGGGCGAUUUCCAGCAGGCCGAAGCGAAUAAUAUUGCAGCGCACAGUGUGAAAGUGUCGAGUGAUCAUUUCAGUUCGGAGAAGAAAGCCAUCGCGCAGGCACAGCAGCGACAAACGGUGACAGCUUCAGGAGUGUUCAACCAAGAAACAAGCGUAUCGGCAGCAACUCAAUCGAACUUCUCCUCCCACAGUAUGGUCAGUUCUUCCUCGCAGAUGAGCACCCAUACCUCGUCCAUGAACGGUACCAUGAACGGAAGCUUCCCCAGUUUCGAAGAUUUGGAAUGUCUUGCCAGCAAUCCGAUGGAUAUUGAGAAUGUUAUACACAAGUAUUCGAAUCAUUUGACGGAUUACGUCAAGAAUCUACAGCAACAUGAGCAGAUACAAAUGGCGCCAAGUCUUUUGAACGAAAUGAACGAAAUCAUACAACGAGCCUGGGCUGUUCCAACUCAUGGUCAUGAGCUGGGGGCAAGCCUCUGUGAUACAUUACGAAAAACUGGAGGAUUGGAUUUACUCAUGAAGAACUGCGUUGACAACGAUUCAGCGGUACAAUUUUCAUCGGCGAAACUGUUGGAACAAUGCCUCACUACGGAAAAUCGAUCGCACGUGGUUAAAAAUGGUCUCGACAAGGUGGUAAAUGUGGCAUGUGUAUGUACUAAAAACAGCGGAACGGACCAUUCACGGGUUGGCACAGGAAUCCUGCAACAUCUGUUCAAACAUAGCGAGGAUACAUGUUCCAAUGUGAUUCGAUUGGGAGGUCUGGAUGCAGUCCUAUUCGAAUGCAGGAAAAACGACGUGGAAACGUUGAGACACUGUGCCGGAGCCUUGGCCAACCUGUCUCUCUAUGGUGGUGCAGAAAAUCAAGAGGCUAUGAUCAAUCGAAAAGUGCCCUCUUGGCUAUUCCCACUUGCUUUCCACCACGACGAAAAUAUAAAAUACUACGCUUGUCUUGCGAUUGUUGUGCUGGUAGCGAAUAAAGAAAUCGAAGCCGAAGUGAUCAAGUCCGGGACGCUAAACCUUGUGGAACCCUUCGUUACGUCGCACAACCCGUCCGAAUUCGCUAAAUCUAAUUUGGCACAUGCCCACGGUCAAAGCAAGCACUGGUUGCAGAAACUGGUUCCCGUAUUAAGCUCGAAACGAGAAGAAGCACGAAACCUAGCAGCAUUCCAUUUCUGCAUGGAAGCAGGAAUCAAAAAGGAACAAGGCAAUACGAAUAUUUUCAAAGAAAUUGGUGCUAUCGAGCCGCUCAUCAGAGUUGCAAGUUCGCCGAACGCCAUCGCCUCAAAGUUUGCAGCUCAAGCGCUGCGGCUAAUCGGUGAAGAAGUACCGCACAAACUGUCUCAACAGGUGCCCCUGUGGUGCUCCGAGGACGUACGGGAAUGGGUUAAACAAAUCGGAUUCUCCGAAUAUGAGCACAACUUUUUUGACUCCAAAGUCGAUGGCGACCUCUUACUGCAGUUGACCGAAAACAACCUUCGGGAAGAUAUUGGCAUCACAAAUGGUAUCAGACGGAAGCGGUUCGAACGUGAACUGCAAAAUCUAAAGAGAAUGGCAGACUACAGCUCUCGAGAUCCCGACAAUUUGCAUAUGCUGCUGUACAAAAUUGCUCCCGAGUACACCAUCUACACCUAUUCCAUGCUGAAUGCCGGAGUCGAUCUGGAGUCUAUAAGAAAUUUGGAUGACGACCAGCUGAUAACCGAAUGCGGAAUUUCCAAUUCCAUCCACAGGGCACGAAUUUUCAACGCCAUCAAGAACAACGAGACUUCUUCGCUGACGUUGGAGAAAAGCGCCGAAAAGAGCCUGGACGUGUUCGUCAGCUAUCGGAGAAGCAACGGUUCCCAGUUGGCCAGUUUGCUGAAGGUCCAUCUCGAGCUGAGAGGUUUCUCCGUGUUCAUCGACGUGGAACGGCUCGAAGCCGGCAAGUUCGAUAACAACCUGCUGCAAAGCAUCCGCCAUGCGAAGCACUUUCUGCUGGUGUUGACACAAAAUGCUCUGGAACGGUGCGUCGAUGACGUCGAUGGCAAGGAUUGGGUUCACAGGGAAAUCGUUGCGGCCCUCAACUCCGACUGCAACAUCAUCCCAAUCAUCGACAACUUCCAGUGGCCUGAACCGGAGCGCCUGCCGGAAGAUAUGCGAGGAGUUUGUCACUUCAACGGGGUCAGAUGGAUCCACGACUACCAGGAUGCGUGCGUGGACAAACUGGAAAGGUUCAUGCGCGCUGAAUCCAACACCCGUUGCAGUUCGACGGAUCACUUCCGCAACCUGCUGAACCGACCGGCCGGUGAUUCAACGCCCACAACGCCAACCAUGUAUCAACGUAUGCACAGCAAUGAAUCCGGCAAGAGCAGCGACAAAGAAAAUCGUAACUACGAAUGACUAGAU